CUCUCGCUACCACACAAAGAAGAAGAAAAAAAUUACAGAAGUAACCCACCUUCACUUUCGUAUUCUCCUCCUUCCAUAGCGAUCAGCGCUGACUACAAGUGCAACGAUGGUGGAUUGUAGGGGCGUUCCGGCGUUACAACAACGGUGAGGUGAUGGGUUGGUUUAGGGUGCACCCGGCAACACCGAACAGAGGCGGGCGGCGAGAGCACAAAGCCGAUGGGGGAUGAUGAUGGUAGCGAUGGAGAUUGUAGCGAGGCGCUGUGAUGGAAGAAAACAAGGGAAGGAGAGACAGAGGAAGAAGAAGGGUACUGAGGAGAAAAGUACCAUAUCGAUCUUGCUCUCCCGGCCUCAAUGGAUUCAUUAGGCAAAAAUCAUGUCGGCGACGAGCUUGCUCAGGUCUUGUCGGCGACGAGCUUGGUCAGGAUAGGACGAUCGUCCACCUUAUUAUUUGUAACAUGGUCAGUUUUUACACUACACUCUAUUUGUGCUCAUUCUUUGGUUCUUUUGGGGUUUUGGGUUUUCGUUUAUGAUAUGCAGUUGGUUC